GAUUGAUUGAUUCAGCACAAUCAGCUUUCCUGAGCCCUAGGCCAAAGUUCUUUUUGACAAACACCGAUUCCAACACCGCCAAAAUGGUCAAGAAGAGAAAGAACAACGGCCGCAACAAGAAGGGUCGCGGCCACACCAAGCCCAUCCGCUGCAGCAACUGCUCGCGAUGCACCCCCAAGGAUAAGGCGAUCAAGAGAUUCACCAUCCGCAACAUGGUUGAGUCUGCUGCCAUCCGUGAUAUCUCCGAUGCCUCUGUCUUCGCCGAGUACACCGUCCCCAAGAUGUACCUGAAGCUGCAGUACUGUGUGUCUUGUGCCAUUCACGGCAAGAUUGUCCGUGUUCGUUCCCGCGAGGGCCGCCGCAACCGUGCUCCCCCUCCCCGUGUCCGCUACAACAAGGACGGCAAGAAGAUCACCCCCACCGUUGCCCCCAAGGUCUAAAUAUGGGAAUAAUGGUGUUUGGGCGGAGUCUGGUGACGUUUAACGGCUUCAUGUAAAAAUUUGAUUAGAUGAAUACCCGGGACAAAGAGAAUCCUGGCAGCUAAAUGAAUCGGACUUUUUUUCUUGUUAAACUUUG